AUGGAUCGGAGUUGGAUAAAUUUUUUACGCACAACAAAUGAAUAUGAGAAUGGAGUGGAAGAAUUUCUUGAAUUUGCAAAUAUGAAUGUUCUGGAUAAUAAUGGAAAAUUCUACUGCCCGUGUGUUAAUUGUUUGAAUGAGAGAAAACUACCAACUGACAUUAUUCGGGAGCAUGUUCUUUGUGAUGGUUUCUUAAAGAGCUACACAAAGUGGAUAUGGCAUGGUGAAUUAAUAGACAUGCCAAGUGUAGAUGAGUCUGAAGCAGAAGAAGUUGAUUUAGAGAUGGAUGAUCGAAUGGAGGAAAUGAUUCGUGAUAUUGGACAUGAUUCCUUUCAACGUGCGAAUGUGUAUGACAAUUUGUGCAAUGACGCAGAAAAACCUCUGUACGCAGAAUGCACUAAGUAUACUCGAUUGUCAGCGGUAUUAAAAUUGUUCAAUGUGAAGGCAAGAAAUGGGUGGACUGAUAAAAGCUUCACAGAAUUACUUGAGUUGUUGAGUGACAUGCUUCCUAAAGGUAACACGUUGCCAACACGCAAUUAUGAUGCGAAGAAGAUAUUGUGUCCGAUGGGUAUGGAGUAUCAAAAAAUUCAUGCAUGCCCAAACGAUUGUGUCUUGUACAAGAAGGAGUUAGCCAUGUUACAUCAAUGUCCACGAUGUGGGGUGUCAAGAUACAAACAGAAACAUAGUAAGUUUGAAUCUGAUAGUAAGGGUCCUCCAGCAAAAGUUUUGUGGUAUCUUCCUGUAGUUCCACGGUUGAAACAUUUAUUCAGCAAUGCAAAUGAUGCAAAACUCAUGAGAUGGCAUGCAGAUGGACGUACAACAGAUGGCCAUUUGAGACAUCCGGCAGAUGGUUUGCAAUGGAAGAAAAUUGAUUCCAUGUUCCCAAAUUUCUCCAAUGAUUCAAGGAACAUUAGAUUUGGACUUGCUACAGAUGGAAUGAAUCCAUAUGGUAACUUGAGCAGUAAACAUAGUUCAUGGCCUGUUCUAUUAGUGAUUUAUAAUUUACCUCCUUGGUUGUGCAUGAAACGCAAAUAUGUUAUGUUAUCCUUGAUGAUCUCGGGUCCAAGACAACCAGGAAACGACAUUGAUAUUUAUUUAACCCCAUUAGUUGAAGAUUUGAAGAUGUUAUGGGAGGAGGGUGUUGAUAUGUUUGAUGGGUACACUAGUGAUUCAUUCAAGUUGCAUGCCAUGUUAUUUUGUACAAUCAACGACUUUCCAGCAUAUGGUAAUUUAAGUGGAUAUAGCAUUAAGGGUCACAAAGCAUGCCCUAUAUGUGAAGAAGGCACAUGUCACCAUCAACUACAACAUGGAAGGAAAACAGUAUACCUUGGACAUCGGAGAUUUCUUAGUACAAACCAUCCAUAUCGUAAAUUGAAGAAAGCAUUUAAUGGGUGUCAAGAAAAUGAAUUAGCUCCAAUGGUUUUAAGUGGGUCACAAGUGUAUGAGCGUGUGAAAGACAUUGGGGAUGUGUUUGGAAAGAUGAAAAAUAAAGGCACUUCAAGCAACAUAUGGAAGAAAAGGUCAAUUUUCUUUGAUCUCCUAUAUUGGAGGGUGCUUGAUGUGAGACAUUGUAUAGAUGUUAUGCAUGUAGAGAAAAAUGUGUGUGAUAGUAUUAUCGGAACACUCCUCAAUAUUCAAGGCAAGACGAAAGAUGGUCUAAAUGCUCGUUUGGACUUAGUUGAAAUGGGUAUAAGAGAACAAUUAGCUCCACAAUCACAUGGUAAGCGAACAUACUUGCCUCCAGCAUGUCACACAUUGUCUAAACAAGAGAAGAGAAGUUUUUGUGAGAUUUUACAAGGUGUGAAAGUUCCACUAGGUUACUCUUCCAAUUUUAAAAGACUUGUAUCCAUGAAAGAUCUAAAAUUACUUGGGUUAAAAUCUCAUGAUUGUCAUGUAUUGAUGCAACAACUUCUACCAGUGGCUAUUCGAGGCAUAUUGCCUAAGAAUGUUAGAUAUACCUUAACAAGAUUGUGCUUCUUUUUUAAUGCAAUAUGUAGUAAGGUUAUCGAUAUUGAGAAGUUGGAUCAGUUAGAAAAUGAGGCUGUACUCAUAUUGUGUCAGUUGGAGAUGUACUUUUCUCCAUCAUUCUUUGAUAUUAUGGUCCAUCUGAUUAUUCAUUUAGUCCGAGAAGUUAGAAUUUGUGGUCCAGUAUUCUUACGAUGGAUGUACCCUAUUGAACGAUACAUGAAGAUAUUGAAAGGGUAUGUAAAGAACCAAUAUCGUCCAGAAGCAUCAAUUGUUGAAAGAUAUAUUGCAGAGGAAGCUAUUGAGUUCUAUACAGACUACUUAUCACAAGUUGAAGCUAUAGGGGUACCGAAGUCUCGUUACCAUGAAAGAGGUGCUGGUAAGGGUACUCGAAGUGCAAAAGUUAGAACUCUGAGUAGAGAUGAAGUUCUCCAAGCACAUUUAUAUAUAUUGAAUAACACUAAAGAAGUCAUCCCUUAUUUAAGUGCUCAUAAAGAUAUUGCGAAGAGAAAUAAUCCACGAAUGUCUCAAAAAUGGGUCAUUAAUGAGCACAACAAAACUUUUUUGAAGUGGUUCAAACAACAGGUUCAAAAUGACAACACAACUUCUGAUACAUUAAAUUAG